CCGGAAACAACAUGCUUGUUUUGACAGGGAAGACGUUUGUUGGUAAGCGGUAACUAUUGACUGACUCGGGAAAUGGAAUGAGACUUCUUCUACCGGAUUACCGCCAUUAUGUUGCUGUGUUUUGUCUGCCUUCAUGAACGUAGCUGUUCUAUAAGGAAGAGACGUUAACAUUGUGUUCAUUUGGCGGCUAGCUUGUCACUUAGUCAACAAGUUGUGUAGAGAUGGACAGCGCGGCUUUGGAGCUCGACGCUGUCAAAUUUGCCAAAACGGCAGUCACCUAUGACCAGAAUGCCAAAUAUAACGAGGCUGUCUUUUAUUAUAAGGAGGCAGCGCAGGCCCUCAUCUAUGCUGGCAUGGCAGGCUCCAAACUGGAGGGAAUCCAGGACAAAGUCAAUGAGUACUUGGAUAGAGUGCAAACCCUCCACAAUGUCUUCGAGGUGCAGAAGAGUGACCCACUGAAGUCUCGGCAGCAGGUAGACCUCGAACGCGCCCACUUCCUGGUCACACAAGCCUUUGAAGAGGACGAGAAGGGAAACGGUGACGAAGCCAUUGAACUCUACACGCAGGCUGUGGAGCUGUGCAUUAAGACCUCGAACGAGACGUCGGACCAGGCUCUUCAGACCAAGCUGAAGCAGUUGGCCCAUCAGGCUUUAGACCGGGCUGAAGGUCUCAAACAAUCACAGUCCAAGCCUGGUCCGGCCCAGACUCAGGACCGAGCCGGGACUUCGGGGGCAAAGCCGAGCUCCUCGGGGCCCGUCCGUCAGUUUUUUCCCCUUGGGCCGGACUUCACCCUCCACGACCGCCAGCAGCCUCAGCCGGUCCGGGCAGUCCAAUCCAGCGAACCCCACGGUCAGCGCUACACGUCUGAAGAAAUCGAGGUCCUCAGGAGCACGUCGACAAUCAACGGCAUCGCCUACGUGCCCUUCAUGAGCGUGGACCUCAAGGAGCGCUUUGCCUUUCCCGUGCCUUUCUCGGACAAAAUGGGUAAACUGGCGCUGUCGCCCAAACAGAAAGCCAUCUUCUCCCGCUGGGUGCGUCCCGACGAGAUCUGCACCAGUCCCACCAUGAUCAUGUCUGUGUCCAGCUUCAGCAUCAAGCAGACGGUGGUGUCCGACUGUUCGUUUGUGGCCUCACUCGCCAUCAGCGCCGCCUACGAGAGGCGCUACAACAAGAAGCUCAUCACCAGCAUCAUCUACCCUCAGAACAGGCGAGGAGAGCCCGAGUACAAUCCCUGUGGGAAGUACAUGGUCAAGCUGCACAUCAACGGAGUCCCCAGGAAGGUCAUCAUAGACGACCUCCUGCCCGUGGACCGUGGCGGUGAGCUGCUGUGCUCGUACUCCAGCAACAGGAACGAGCUGUGGGUGUCUCUCAUAGAGAAAGCCUACAUGAAGGUGAUGGGCGGCUACGACUUUCCCGGCUCUAACUCGAACAUUGAUCUGCACGCGCUCACCGGCUGGAUCCCUGAACGCAUCGCCAUGCACUCUGACAAUCAAUCGUUCAGCAAGGAUGACACUUUCCGCAUGCUUUUCCAGAGGUUCCAUCGGGGCGACGUGCUCAUCACCACAGCAACUGGGGUGAUGACAGAGGAGGAAGGGGAGAGAUGGGGUUUGGUGCCAACUCAUGCCUAUGCAGUUCUCGACAUCAGGGAGUACAAGAAUAUGCGUUUCCUGCAGCUGAAGAACCCGUGGAGCCACUUGCGCUGGAAGGGACGCUAUAGCGAGCGGGAUGACAAGAACUGGACCCCCGAACUCCUGAAAUACCUCAACUUUGACCCCAAAACAGCGCAGAAGUUUGAUAACGGUGUUUUUUGGAUCGCAUGGGAAGACCUGUGUCAGUACUAUGACGUCAUCUACCUAAGCUGGAACCCCGCCCUCUUCAAGGAAUCCACGUGUAUUCACAGCAGCUGGGAUGGAAAGCAGGGCCCGGUGAAGGACGUCUACAGUUUAGCCAACAACCCCCAGUACAAGCUGGAGGUGCAGUGUCCAGCAGGGGGCGCUGCUGUAUGGGUCCUCCUCACCAGACACAUCACUGACAAGGAGGAUUUUGCACAGAACCGAGAGUUCAUCACUCUGGUUGUUUACAAGACUGACGGCAAGAAGGUUUACUAUCCAGCCGAGCCCCCUCCCUACAUCGACGGCAUCAGAAUCAACAGCCCCCACUACCUGACCAAGAUAAGGUUGACGAGCACGGGGACGCACAUCUUCACGCUGGUGGUGUCGCAGUACGAGAAGCAGAACACCAUCAACUACACACUGAGAGUUUACUCUGGAUGCAAAUUCAGCUUCUCCAAGAUCCCAAAUCCCUUCACACACACCAAGAGGGUUAACGGCCAGUGGAAAGGCCUGAGUGCUGGAGGAUGUGGGAACUACAAGGACUCGUACAAAAACAAUCCCAUCUACCAAGUCCAGCUGGAGCGGGCGGGUCCACUGCUCAUAGAACUGCGAGGAUCCAGGCAAUACAGUGUGGGCUUUGAGGUGGUGACUGUGUCGACGGCGGCGGAUGCCAACACAACAUCACACAAGAGGAGCAGUGGAGACUACAGAUGUGGCUUCUGCUACAUGGAAGCGGAGCACGUCCCCGCCGGCAUCUACAACGUCAUCCCCACCACCUUCCUGCCCAAACAGGAAGGACCCUUUUUCUUGGACUUUUCCGGCACCGCCCCCCUCAAAGUGUCUCAACUGCAAUGAAGAAGAUAUUUGUGGGUGGGGGGGAUGGGGUUGGUCACACUCAGCACAUGAAAGGAUGAAUUAUUAUAUUGACAACAAUGAUGUCAUUCGGGGAUUAUUUAACCAAACUUCCAGUAUGUACUGUUUGCCAUCAUCACGUAGACACAAAAUAAAUAUGUCGUCAUCUCCCGAGGCUGAACUUCCAUUCAAACAAUCCUCACAUCAGGUAUGUUUUUUUUUUUGUCUCAUGUUGGCGAGUAGUUGUCUCGACAGUCCUCCUCAUAGAUGACAUUGAAUACAUGAGAAGAGCGUUUGUCUCAGUCGCUGUUUGUCCUAAUGAGCGUGUUAACCUGUUCCAGACUAGUGCGUCAAGUCAUCAAGUCUGUGCAGCACAACGUUUCCAUGUUACCAGGCGGACUUUACUCACUAAGAGGAAAAACGAGAUGUUUACUGACAACGUAUGACAUCAUCAAGGUGAAUCGCCACAGGAGUGGAGGCUACAGAAUGUGGGGAAGGUCAGUCGCUUCUGUUCAGUCUUCUGAGGUUUAUUCAGCUUGUCGAUUGUGUCAUGAUUUCAUUUGUCUGUCUAUCGCAUGGCUCUGACACGCAGUGCUUUGUUGCCACGGCAACAGACUGCAGGUAGCGCAGAGCACGGACGUCCUGUUGCUUGCAUGAAGUGUUUGCUUCAUUAUCAUGGUGUCCCAAUGUGACUCUCUCUGAGAAGGUCUCGUUACCAUCUUAAACAUUCCUCAUUUGGAACACUUUUCUGCCAUUUAUGUACUUAAAAAACAAAAACAAAAAAAAACAUUCAGUCAGCUGCUUUGUAUAACGUCACUGUCCCAAAAGCAUGCAGUAUGCGGCUGCCCCUUUGAGCCACAUUAAAAGCAUUCAAAUGUACAUCAAGAUAUGCAAAGCUGAAGAAAAAAUGCACCAAAAACAGAAUACAUUUUUCUAUUUUUAAAGAAAAAAAACAAAUAUGACCAUACAUACAAAAUGCCAACAAUCCCCGAAUCCUGUCAGCGAUGUCAUCAAAGCAGCACGUCAACAAAGAUGCUGAAAGGUCAUGUGACGCGUGUAAAAGGUUGACAUGUGAUUGACAGCCAGUUUGCUGUCACGAGACGCUUACGAUUGCAGUUACGAGGGUAGCAAACAUGAUCCGUGAUGGGGGGCCCGUCUCCUGCUGGCGCUGGUCCUGUCCUGUCUGAUGCAGAUGUGCCUCGUAUACAUGCUGUAUAUUUUGUCUUCAUCUACCAUUCGCUCACCUAAUACAACCAGAAUGUCACUCAGGCGAGACAGACCUCCACCAAGGCUAAAUGGUUAAAAAGUGUCAUUUGUCUUUGCUAGCACAAUGAAAAUAAAUGUGUCAUGAAUACGUACUUAAACAACAAAAGGUGUUUGUGAACUAAGACUCGUUCAUGAUGCUUAGUUGUGGGAUUGUUUUGAUUAGAAUCGACUUUGUAGUUAAACAAUUGGAAGUGUAACCUGCGUGGUUCAGCCAGCCCCGCGCACUGACGUGGCCUCCAACCCAGCACCAUUGAAGUGAGAGUUGAGAGUUCAAAGCACCGAGCCAAAACCUCGUACUGUCAACCAGACGCUCAGCAUGCCUCUUAAUUCAGGGAGUGAGGUUUGCUAACAUACUCGCACAUCACACAUUUUCUUCUGCUUAUCCGUGUUACAGGGGCAACAGUCUCAGUAGGGAUGUCCAGACUUGCUGGUCUCGGGACACCUCUUGCAAACAACACUCUAGGCUAGUGAUGCGUGUUAAUCCCAUGUAGGAUAGUCAUGCAUGUCAGUCUGCUAUGUUGCCCUCAUCUGCUCCCAUCAGCUGUUUACAGACUAGAAGGCCAGUAGUGGUGUGGCUCUGAACUUCUUCCACAUUCAUUGUGUUAAAUUAAAUGAUCAUUUUCUUUCCUAGUGUCAUGGCUGCUUCAUUAAACUGUUUUUCUGAGUCUGCCCUCACAGGGCUGCCUGUGUCCCAAUACUUUUGGGCCUUUUAGCGUAGGAGUCGUCUCAACUUAAUAUUGUUAAUUGAAUAAAAUGGAGGCAGAAUUGAGAAUGGAUUGUACAGCUGCAGCGAAUGAAGUGACCCCAGUAAAAGAACGAUGCAUCAGUGCAACGUUUCCUUUAUUCAACAUUCCAACGAGACACAUUGACUGACCUUCCUCGUCUGGCCACUAGCUUCCAUCGAAUGUCAACACUGACUUACUAACAAGGACGAAGACAUUUAACAUGACGGCUCAUUUCUUUUUGUGAACUAUUUUCAGUGGAGAUAAAACAAAAACAACAAAAAAAACUAACUUAUUCUUCUAACAGUACUCAUCUUUCUCAAAAGGUGCAACAUCAGCUUAGUAGUCCUCGUCUUCCUGAUGGAGUGCAGUUGGUCCAAACAGACUGGGAAGUGAACUUAGUCCUCACAGUCCUUUGACCAACACCACGGCCUUCUGGGAAAAGUUAUCCGUGUUUUUGGCAUCACUGCGUUGGCGCCGCAGGUUGAGGAAGCUGAAGCGAGCCUCCAGAUUGAAACUCUUCUUGGUGCUGGACAUCACGUUCUUGUUGAUGAUGGGCCUGUUGUCCAAAGUCACCUCCGCACCUUCUGCUCGCUCACCUGCGACAGAGGGUCACAUGAUCAUCACGUAGCUAUAUACUUUCACACACUUGAACAUUUGCUUUACUGCUUUUGUGCACAACUCUACUUGGUACUGCUCAGCCCACAAAGAUUGUACGAGUGAAAACGUGGAAUUCAAGCUAGAAUGUUUGCAGACCACAUCUUGUAAUACCUCUAAGGACCACAUGGGGUGAGAGUGAGGUCUUAUGGUCCGCAUGUAUCAGCAACUUCAUUCUGUCCCUUAAUUAAGCUCCACCUCCAGCUAAUUUUAAAUACUUUAGCCUUCUUUGUUACUGAUGUUAGGGUGGAUAUGGAAUGCAAAGAGGCCACACCAUCAUCCCAUCACCCACCUCUCUCCAGGUCGCACUCGGGUGAUGACGCUCCGCUGCACUCGCUGCGAGGGCCGAGCACCGGCGAGAUGAGGCCGAAGUCCGACAGGGAGACUGAGUUGGGGAGGUCCAGGCUGCAGGGCCUGGAGGGAGGCGCUGAUG